AUGCUUGGUGUAUACCCGUGUACGGUUGAAAGUGCGGCUCGCAUUGAGGUAUACCCUCUUAGCGCGCCUGAAGAUCGAGUCAAAGAGCAGCAACUUAGACAACAACAGCAGUUAUCGUCAUUGCCAAUCUGUUUCGGGGAAGAAGCAUGGGGCUGGGGGAUGUACCUUCAACAGCAACUUCGAUACGAGAAGGCUCUCGAACGGGAACAAAUCGAAAGAAAAGCUCGAGAAGAGGAGAAUCUUCUGAUACGAGAAGAGCAGGAGAGGCUCAGACGACUCUUCGAACGAGAACGUGCCGAAAGGGAACGUCUCGAGCAGAUCCGUCGUCGUGAAGCCGAAGAGCGUGAACAACUGCUCCGACAACAUCGGCUUGACGAACAGGAUCGCUUAAGGCGAAUCGAAGAGGAGAACCGUCUUCGACAAUUGCAGUGGGCACAACCGUACCAACUGCAAUACCAACCGCCUCAGCAACAACAGCAACAAUACUGGAAUCAAGAUAUCCAUCCACGAAACGCUCAGCAACAGCAGCAGUUCGUUCAACCUUCUAGACACGACGUCUAUCACGAACAACGAACUUUUGCUCAACAACAACAACAACAUCAACAUCAACCACAACCUGCACCCAGGCAUUUCCAAGAAUAUCACCGAUCUGUCCCAUCAGACAACCAACAAUUCCGUCAAUUAAAUCAAUAUCAGAAACACAUUGAAACACAACGAAGUCAAAAUAUGCCAACUCUCACACCGAGUCCAAGGCCUGCAUCAGGCCCUAUGACAAAUGGAGAAUCAGCAGUAAGUGCUACUCGUACUAAAAUGAUCCCUGGACAUUCACAUGAACAUGGCGCAUCCCUAGUACCAUCACGACCACCACAAUUCCUCGUUCAUCCACAGUCAGUCGCUGCCAAAGCAGGCGAAACAGUCGUAUUCACAUGCAAGACUACUGGCGUACCACCACCGACAUUGGAAUGGUGCCGAGUAGAUGGCACUCCUAUACAAUCCGGUGGCAAAUUCAAAAUCGAACAUGGCCAUGCUGGCGACAGUAAACUCAUCAUCGAAAAAGUUGAUGCUAACGAUGCAAAUACCUAUGCAGCUAUUGCACGAAAUAGUGGAGGAACAUUCCAAAGCAGAUUCAUGCUUAACGUACUCCAAGCAAGACCACCAGAUGCCCCGGAAUUCACCGGGAAAUUCCAGUCUACAACAAUCUAUGAAGGAGAUUCCGUAAAAUUGUUCUGCAGAGCCACUGGCGACAAGAUCACCUAUAAAUGGUUCAAAGAUAACGAGGAAAUCAGAAGUUCACCUCCGUUCAGAAUUGAGAACAAAGGAAAUGAGACGACGCUAUUUAUCGAAAAUGCGACACUGGCCGAAGGCGGAUGGUACCGCUGUGAUGCAAUCAACAAAUUUGGCACCACAGCCCUCAACGGCAGAGUUGUCGUUCAAAGUCGCCAAAAACUUGGCCCCUCCCACCGUGAACAGGUCACCCUCCGAAAAGUGGAUCGCCGAAUGGCCAGAACUCCCGUCAAUGAAAUGCAAGAUAAAGCAGCCUCAAAAUCAGCUCCAGCAUUUGCUGGUCAACUGCAGCCGCUGAACCUCAUCGAAGGCCAGACAGCUCGUCUUGAAUUCAAAUACUCCCCAGCUGAUGACCCCAACAUCAAAGUCGUAUGGUUAUUGAAUGGCAAACCCAUUGUUCUUUCAUCACGUGUUACAACAAUCAGUGAGAAAGGACUUGCUAUACUUGAAAUUAACCCGAUUACCGUAUUCGAUCAGGGAGAAUACACAGUGGUCUUGAUUAACCCAUUGGGUGAGGCUCGCAGCUCAGUUGUGAUAAAUGUCAUGGGCCACAGCACAGUCGAUCAGCCUACCCUUGGCAAUAGCUUUGGCACGGCAUACCAGUCGAGAACCUCUCGCGCACCUCCAGGAAUCCAACUAGAUCUCCCUAACUUCCAUUCUGAUUUGCGAUCUCAUGAACUGUUCGAAGGACAGCCCAUUCACCUUGAAGCUAAGCUAACUCCACUCAACGACCCGAACCUGGUCGUCGUAUGGUACCUGAACGGACGCGAGCUUAUGAAAAAUGACCGAUGCCAUCAGACGCUGAACCAUGGCUUUGCUACCCUUGACAUUCUGAAUGCCACGAAAGAUGACAGUGGUGUGUUCACCUGCCGAGCUAUCAACAAACUUGGUGAAGCCGAGAAUCAGGCCACCGUCAUUGUCCAUCCUCGAGUCGAUCUCCACAAAUACGAACACAACCGUGACCUUGACGUUGACGACGUGCGAGAAAUCCAGUUCAGCCAUGCCAAACAGGACAUGGUCCCCAAGUUCCUUACUCAGCUGCAACCGUUCCAUUGCGACCAGGAAUUAGGCCGAUCAUUCUUCGAGGCUCGUAUCAGCCCUGUUAAUGAUCCCUCCCUGAGGGUCAGCUGGCUCAAGGAUGGCCAUGCACUGCCAAAUGCCAACAGAAUUCAGACAUUCAACAACUUCGGAGUGGUCUCGUUGUCCCUCAAUCCAACAUAUCCCGAUGACGCCGGCACAUACACCUGCGUACUGUUCAACGCUAACGGACAGGCGCAAAGCUCGGCUGAACUUACCACAAUUGCUAUGCCGACUCUUCAAUUGGACACUAAGCACCAGGACAGCCUUCAGAUUAUUGGAUACCUGGACAGCCAUCAAGUACACAUUGGACCCCAAGAAGUCGACCGACCUGAGGAAUUCCAAUCAUUAGACAAGCCUCGAUUCGUCAGACCUUUGGCAGCCCGUAUCGAGUGCAUGGAAAACGAUCCUGUACACUUCGAGGCUCGCCUGCAACCGGCUAAUGACGUCAAAAUGACAGUGGAAUGGUACCACAAUGGAGCACCACUUCCGGCUGCCCAUCGAUUCCGUCCUAUGUUUGACUUUGGCUACGUCGCCCUCGAUAUUCUGUAUGCCUAUCCAGAAGAUAGCGGUACCUACACUCUGGUAGCACGUAACGAACUGGGAGAAGCCCAGUGCACACUGGAACUGGUCGUCGGUAGCGCCAAGACUCUUUACCUGGACCCUCACCAUCCCGAAGGACUGCAACGAAUUCAGGAAUUGGAACAAGACCGUCGAGUCGGUCUCCCAGAGGUUGAGGAUCGCACAUGCGAUGCUGCACCACAGAUCAUUGGCAAUCUCCCUGAUCUUGAACUCAAUGAACAUGACGACAUCCAUAUGGACCUUAAGGUAACCCCAGUGAACGAUCCAACAAUGAAGGUAGAAUGGUUCGUGAACGACCAUCCAAUAAUAACUGGAAGUCGUGUAAAGACGCUCAGCGAGUUUGGUUUUGUCGCUCUAGACGUGAAGGGAGCGAUCGCAGAAGACUCAGGAACGUACACCCUGCGCGUCUCAAAUGCCCUUGGUGAAGCUACUCGACAGGGCCAUGUCAAAGUUUUACCCGCCAAAGAGGUCGUUCUCGAUACUCAUCACGAAGAAUCGCUCGAUAAGAUCAACUAUCUGGAAGGUCUUGACAAGUUCCCCCGACGUGAAGUCGAAGAGCAUGGCCCUGACAUGGCCCCCGUGUUCGUUGUGCCGCUGGCGGCUGACAUGGGAGAGGUCGAAGAAGGUGAACCGAUCCAUCUGGAAUGCCAGGUGAAGCCGAUCAAUGACAACACCCUAAAAGUGACAUGGCUUCGCAAUGGAGCACCUAUUCCACAUGGCCAUCGCUUCCGUACAUUCUAUGACUUUGGAUUUGUUUCACUGGAUAUCCUCGGCGUAUACCCUCAAGACAGUGGCGAAUACACUUGCAAAGCAGAAAACGCUCUGGGCUCGGUUGAGACCAAGACGAAAAUCAGUUGCAAUCCCAAAGACGCUAUUCUUGGACAAGUACAACAUCCGAAGAGCUACCAACGUAUUCAAGAAAUCGAAGCACCGAAACCCAAGCCACAGGAGCUCCCAGAAGCACCGAAGGAAGUGCCCACAUUCGUCAAGCAGUUGGGUCCGGCUAUUCAAUGCAGCGAGGGUGAUAACAUCUACCUUGAAGCCCAAGUGGCACCUGCCGACGACAACACUCUCACGUACGAAUGGCUUGUGAACGGACGUCCAUUGAUGAAAGCACAUCGAUUCGUGCUGUCACAAGAUUUUGGCUAUAUUGCUUUGAACAUCCUUUACUGCUAUCCAGAAGACAGCGGCACCUACACUCUGGUUGUCAGAAAUGCUGCCGGCGAAGCGCAAUCCACUGUCGAUAUCGAUUGCCGAAUUGAUCCAGCUAACUACCGUGACUCAUUCCAUCCAACUUCACUGCAACGUAUCAAAGAACUUGAAACACCAUUACAACGAGUCGAACCGGCUCCAGAAAAGCCAAAAGAAAUGCCGCAAAUCCUCAAAGGACUUCCACCAAAAUUCGAUAUUGUACACGAAUCACAAACACUACACCUCGAAGUACAGGUUUCGCCAGUAGACGACAACACAUUGACGUACCAAUGGUUGUUCAACGGUCAACCACUGAAAGCCAGCAGCCGAUAUCGUUUGUUGAACGAUUUUGGCUACAUUACCCUCGAUAUCGACUACGUUAUCGCUGAAGAUGCCGGAAAGUAUACCUUGGUCAUCGAAAAUGAAGCAGGAAGAACCGAGACAUCAACUGAAUUCGACGUGGAACGGCUCAAGUCGAUUCUCGCCGACACGGCUCAUCCAGAAUCGUUGCGAAGAAUCCAGGAAAUCGAACAGCUACAGCCGGCUAAGCCUAGCGAACCUGAACUACCGCCACAAGCGCCAGUCUUUACUCAACAACUCAGUGGACCAGACGAAAUCCUCAAAGAGGGCCAAAGUGUGCACAUGGAUUGUAUUGUACAACCGAUCAACGAUCCUUCGCUGAAGGUAAGGAAAUUCGUUUGUGAUCCCCCGUUCCUCGACGAAUACUUGGGUCGAUCGGACCGCCUCAGAUCGAAUGGUUCUGCGAUGGCCGACCGCUCAUGUUCGGCUCGCGCAUCCGCACCAUCCACGACUUUGGAUAUGUCGGCUUGGAAUUCCUACACGUCCAUCCAGAAGACACUGGCACCUACGUGUGCCGUGCCACGAACAAUGCCGGUCAAGCAGAGACAAGCUUCAAACUCGAAUGCAAACGUAGGUUUUCCCCUUCCGGACCUUUUGACACAUAGUCGUAGCGGUGGCGGUGUUUCAGCAAGACGCAACAUCUAUCUCGACACCCAGCACGAGUCAUCAUGGGCAAAAAUUCAAGAAAUGGAGAAUCGCCAGGAGAUUCGUCCACCAUCACCCGAAAUGUCGUUCCCACCGCCGACCUUCACCGAACAGCUCCAGAACAUCGACGAAGCCACAGAGGCUGAUGCAGUGCGACUUGAUUGCCGACUGGUACCUGUCAAUGAUCCAACACUCAAGGUAUUCUGGACCGUCAAUGGUCAGCCAAUUCCCGAAGCAUCUCGUUUCAUGCCAGCACGAAACUUCGACUAUGUCAGCUUGGAUAUUCUUGGUCUCUACCCAGAAGAUUCUGGAGUGUACACUUGCAAGGCUGUGUCCGACUUCGGUGAAGCAGCAACUUCGUGUACGGUGAAAUGUACCCCGAUCAGUGCACUUAUGCUCGACCCACAACAUGAACAGUCAUGGGUUCGCGUACAGGAAAUUGAAAACCGCCGACCUCCCGAAAGAAUCGAAGAGGAAAUCGAGAAGAUGCCUCCGAAAUUCGUCGUGCCAUUGCCAGGCAAAUUGGACGAUGUGUCUGAAGGCACACCAAUCCAUCUUGAGUGCGAAGUUAUUCCUACUAACGACAAUAAGCUGACCGUUCAGUGGUUCCACAAUGGUGCUCCACUAGUGAACGGGCACCGUUUCCGAACCGCCCACGACUUUGGCCAUGUUGCAAUGGACAUUCUGUACGCUUUCGGACAAGAUUCCGGUGAAUGGACUUGUGUCGCAAAGAACGAUCUCGGUGAAGCUACUACCACCUGCAACUUCAACGUCCUUCCCAGAGGUGUCAUCUAUGCCGAUCCACAGCAUCCAGCCAGCUGGGAGAGGAUCCAGGUACUGUCCUCUACAGUGCACAAAGCAGAAUUGGAAGCACCCAAAAUUCAACCCGAAGAGGCCCCAGAAAAGGAACACGACAAGCCGCAGUUCCUCGAACCGAUGGAUUCCUUGGAGAUCGAAGCACCUCGAGCACCAGCUCCCGAGCCAGAAAAACCACAAUAUGACAAACCGACGUUCACUCAACCUCUGCAAAGCAUCGCCGACAUUCCAGAAGGCGGCGUGGCCCUCCUUGAAGCUCGCGUCAUUCCCAUCAAUGACCCCAACCUCAGAAUCCAGUGGUUCUUCAACGACCAACCUCUUCAAGAUUCCAACUGGAUUGCCACCAACAACGACUUUGGAAACGUCUCGCUACGUAUCGCUCCAGUUCAUGCUCGUCAUUCUGGAGUCUACUCUUGCAAAGCCACUAACGAUCAUGGAGCUGCAACCACCAGCGCAUCUAUUGGUGUACAAGGAACAGAAAGUCUCAUUUUGGACACAAGCCAUCCGGCUUCACUCCAGAAGAUCAGGGAUCUUGAAUCCAUGGAUAAGUACGGUCGUAUUGAAGCACCCGAGAAAGAUUACGGCAAACCACAAUGGCUCAAACCAUUCGAAGACGUUGGCGAAAUCAAUGUUGGGGACACGGUCAACCUUUAUGGUGUGGUUGGUCCAUCAGACGAUCCAAACCUUCACGUCGAAUGGUUCCACAACGGAAAACCACUGCUCAACGCCAACCGAUUCCGACAAGAGUUCGAAUUCGGCAGCGUGCUACUCACCAUCGUACACGUUCUUCCUCACGAUUCGGGAGUUUUCACCUGCCGUGCCUACAACCCACAAGGAGAGGCCACUACCAGCACAACCCUCAAAGUUCCAGGAUAUGAACGUCUUAUGCUCGACUCACAACACCCGGUGUCUUGGCAGAGAAUUCAAGAGCUUGAGGCACCAAAGGUUGUCGAAGAAGUCGAGGAAGUGAUCCAACGAGAGAAACCUCACUUUAUCACCCAACUACAACCCGUGGAAGGAAUACAAGAAGGCCAACCGAUCCAUCUCGAAGCCACCUUCGAACCCACCAGAGAUCCUGACAUGCAAGUGGUAUGGAGGAAGAAUGGUCAACCGAUUAUUGCCUCACAACUCGUCCAAACUCAUCACGAACUUGGAUGGGCUACGCUGGACAUUCCCAUGGCUAAUGAAGACCAUAACGGCAUUUACACUGUAACCAUCACCAACAGCGAAGGAGAGGCUGUAUCGACAGCACCAGUAAAGGUCACCAACUUGGCCCCAGUUCUUGGAGACACCAGACAUGAGGAAUCGUGGCGACGUAUCCAGAUUCUUGAAGCGCCACGAGAACCUGAACCUGAGGCUCCUCCUCGCAUCUACGAUCCUCCCCACAUCACCACCCAACUCGAAGACAAGGAAUGCAACGAAGGCGAUCGUGUACACUUCGAAGCCGUCUACGGACCAGUCGAUGAUCCAAACUUGCAAGUACAAUGGAUUCGAAACGGUCAGCCACUCGCACAUGGCUCCAAAUACGCCAUCGGCAAAGAUUUCGGCAUCAGCACACUUGACAUUGCCUACGCUUACCCCGAAGAUCAGGGUGUCUAUCAAGUGCGCAUCACGAGUCCUACAGGUGAAGCUGUAUCAUCGGCUACAUUGAAAUGCCAUGGUAAAGACGCCAUCCUCGGUGACACCCAACAUGCCGAAUCCUGGGCUCGUAUCCAAGAAAUCGAAGCUCCCAAACCUAAGAUGGAAGAAGUUGAACCGGCACCGAAACCAGCUCCGAAGUUUGUCAAAUCGAUCACAUCACCUGGAGAACUUGUCGAAGGACAACCAGCUCACUUUGAGGCUACUAUCGAGCCUGCCGAUGAUGCGAAUAUGGAGAUUACCUGGCUGUUGGACGGAAAACCAAUGGCCAGCUCGUCUCGUGUGAAGAUGAUCAACGACUUUGGCUGGGUCAUCAUGGAUAUCAAGGAAGCCGAACCACGAGACACUGGCGAAUGGACAUGUGUAGCAAAGAAUCCUGCCGGAGAGGCACGAUGCAGCGCUCCACUCAAAGUAACCAGCAAGGAAAAUAUCGUACUCGACUCGUUGAACCCACAAUCACUCGAUCGUAUCCGCGAGAUCGAAGCCGACAAGCCUGCGGCGCCCGAAGCUCCGGCCCCAGUCUAUCCUGCACCGAAGUUCACUGCUCCGUUGACAGUGCAGGGAGCGCUCGAGGAAGCUGGCAGUGCUCACCUUCAGGCUCAAUUCACACCGAUCGACGAUCCAAACCUAAAGGUCGAAUGGCUUCGCGACGGAAAACCGAUUUUCCACUCGAAUCGCUACCGUAUGAUUCACGACUUUGGCUUUGCCGUAUUGGACAUUAUCCACCUUCUUGGUCACGACACGGGAGAAUACACAUGCAGAAUCGUAAAUGAAGCCGGUGAUGCUGUAACGUCUGCACCGAUCAAGGUUGCACCCAGCAGCGGUCUUAUCCUUCAUCCUCAGAACGAGCAGAAGGCAAAGGCAGUGUCGGAUCUCGAAGAGGUCCUCCACCGUAAGCCAGAAGAAACUGUUGUGGAAGUCAAGGAAGUCAUGCCGGUGUUCAUCGAGCCACUCUCAGCUCCAGUCGAGUGUGAAGAAGGAGAUCGAGCUCACUUCACGGCUAGAUAUGAACCCCUCAAUGAUAACAAGCUACAGGUGGGCGAGGCUGUGACCAGCACUCGGCUUACGUGCAAUCCCAUCGAAAGAAUUGUUCGCGAAUCACAAUUGCCUGGUAAGAUGGCAGAAGCAGCUAAGAUUAGGAUUGGUGAAAUUGAAGCUCCUCGACCACCACCAGAGGAAGCACCUGAAGCGGAUUAUGGACCACCGAAAUUCACCACACCACUUACGACUCCUCCUGAACUUCUCGAAGGUCAGAUGGCCCAUCUUGAGGCACAGAUUACUCCUGUUGCGGAUCCUAACCUGAAGAUCGAAUGGUUCCACGAUGGUAAACCAAUGAAGCAUUCCAACAGAAUGAAGAUGAUUCACGACUUCGGAUUCGUUGUACUCGAGCUCACACCAUCAGAGCCUCAGGACACUGGAAAAUGGACUUGCCGAGCUACGAACAAGAAAGGCUCCGACGAGGUUUCCUGCGACGUCAAGGUGGUGGGAACUGGAGGUGUCUCAUACGAAUGGCUCUCACCAGCUGAGCGCAAGGAUCGUAUCAACGAACUUGAGCACUGGAUUCACCGACCGAAAGAGGAAUUGCAUCUACCACAAGUUGACUAUGGACCACCAAAGUUCACGCAGAAUUUGACCGAUCUUGGCACAUUGAACGAAGCCGACGCCACUGCGUUCGUCUGUGUUUUGGAGCCAAUCGGUGAUCCGACAUUGCGAGUACACUGGGAACACAACGGCCAUCCAAUCCCAAUCUCGUGUACAAACGAAUUUGGUGUGGCUACUUUGCUUGUCAAGCACCUUAUUACAGCCGAUAGUGGCGAGUAUAAGUGUGUGGCCACGAACUCGAAGGGUACUGCUGAAACAAUUGGAAAGAUCGUGGUUGAAUCGCUGACGAAAGUGGAUGCCCCACAAGUCGUCCAGCCGCUCGUUGAGAACAUCGAUAACACUUUGGAAGGAGACUCGAUCCAUCUGGAAUGCCGCGUUACUCCCAUCAACGAUCCUCAACUCAAGGUACAAUGGUAUCGCAAUGGAGCCCCAUUGCCUGAAGCCAGCAGAUUCAAGCCGGUGUUCGAAUUCGGUUUCUGCGCAUUGGAUAUUCUCUAUGCUUAUCCAGAAGACAAUGGAGACUACGAAUUGGUCGUAACCAACGACAAAGGCGAAGCCCGUACCAAGUCUAGGAUCACGGUUCUACCUCGACCCGCACUUGACUACUCGUCUCAAACUCAUCGCAGUCAUCAAGACAACCUCGAAUCGCACUUCCGACAAUACACAACGGCUGGCAUCGAACUCAUUCCUGCCGAUAUCUACGACGAAGCUAAGAAGCAGGCUCCUGUGUUCAAAAAGCCACUACAGAACAUUGGUGUGGCUGAAGGAGACUUCUGCCGAUUUGAAACUCAACUGGCUCCGAUCAAUGAUCCAUACAUGAAGAUUGAAUGGUUCAAAGAUAAGAAACCUGUGUUGCUUGGUCACCGAUUCCGAUCGACUAUGGACUUUGGAUUCGUCUGCCUCGACCUGCUCUACGCUCUUCCUGAUGAUACUGGAGAGUACACCUGCGUUGCGACGAACAAAUACGGCCAAGCCAUGUUGACAGCAAAACUCGCUUGCCAAGGUGGUUCUCAUGUAAUCACAGAGAGUCAGAUGCCACAAGGAAUGUUGGUUUCCUCCGUAAAGAAGGACAACAAGAAGAUCCACUGGACGGAACAGGAACAAACGCAAGUUCGAACGAAGCAGCCUCCACAGUUCACUAUCAAGCCACGCAACACUCAGGUGGUGGAGAAUCAACCGGCUCGAUUCGAAUGUGCUCUUGUGGGCAACCCGAAACCAAAGGUCACAUGGUACAUCAACGGAAAUCAAGCGCUUCAUGGCCAUCGCUACAAACUGAACUACGACGGAUUGCAUUACUUGACGAUCAGCAACUGUCGUAUUUCCGAUGCCGGCGAAGUGUUAGCUAUUGCCAGAAACAGCGAGGGUGAAGUGCAAGCCACGUGCACGCUUGAUAUCUUCCAGGAAACUCUUGGCAAACUGGGCGAAGCGUUCGAAGCUGCACCGAAACCCGAUGCACUCAAGCUUAUGGAAGUCGAAAGGCUUCGUGCGCCAUUCGAACCGCUCGAAACCAAAGAACUUGUGGAGAAAUUCACACGACCUCGAGACGACCAAUUCUACAGCCAGCUCUCCUACGUGGAAACCCAGAAACCACCCUUCAAGGGCAUGGAAUUGGAACCAGUACAACUUAAACCGGGUCAUAUCGAACGAUAUCAACCACCACGAGAAGAAAUGGAAUCUGUUGAAACUGGCGAACAUGUACGAAUUGCUGAAGAAAAGGCGAGGUUGAAGGCCGUACAACAAGGACCUGAGCAGCCUAAAGAGGAGAUCAUUCCACAUAAGCAACAAGUUGAGCUCAAGACGAAAUUCCAACCGAUCAUCGCGAAACCAGGAGAGAGCGUGAAACUCGAAAGCAAACAGCUCAAGGAAAUACCACCAGUGGAGAAGCCGUUGAUCGAGAUGCCGACCACGAUCAGCAACAAGCACGAACAUCAUCAUGUGAUGUAUCAAGCGUAUCGUGAAUCACGUACCGACAUCGGUGACAUCGCUAUGGAACAUUUGUCCAUCGACCUAGAUGAACAUGCCGCCGUCCAACGUACCGUAUACGAAUUCUCGCCAAGACCACGUGAACGUAUCGUCAGUUUCCAUAUGGUCCGGCCUCAACCAACGAAGAUCGGCGCCUCCAAACAGGCCCCUCCAUCCGUCUCACAGCAACUGAAACCCAUCCAGGGCGAGCCCGGAAAGCCUGCGAAGUUCUUCGUUGCCUUCGAUGGUGCCCUACCCAUCAAGGUUACCUGGUUCAAAGACGGAAAAGAGAUCAAGAGCACAUUCCGACACCUGAUCACCACCACCGACAACAAUUCCACCCUACACAUUGGCCGAUUGGAGAACAAUCAUGUUGGCCAGUACACGGCUCGUUUGGAAAACGUUGCUGGAACGAUCGAAUCGUCCGCCAACCUCACCCUUACGGCUCCAACCCAGAAGGGUAAGGCACCCGAUUUUGCCACGAAACUCAACGACCUGCGAAUUGUCCAAAAUGCUCCCGCUGUGUUCACGUGCAGCAUUGUCGGUGAACCGAAACCGAUCGUGAACUGGUUCAAGGACGGACAACCUUUGCCCAACACUGGACGCUUCCAAGCCACCGAAGCCAAUGGACAAUAUAGACUUUCAAUCUCAAAUAUUCUGCCUCAAGACGUUGGCAUUUAUGAAUGUGUCGCUAAGAACACCGCUGGAGAAGCUAGGUGCAAAGCUCGGCUAAACGUGAAUCUGACCCAGACCGGUAAAGGAUCUGAGGAAGGACCACGAUACGAGGCACCUCGAUUCUCCACUCAAAUCCAACCCCUGGUUGUCGAUGAGGGCAAACCAGCCACAUUCACAGCGAAGUUCAGCGGAUUCCCAGCUCCGGCUAUUCGAUGGUACCGUAAUAACGAGCCUAUCAAGCGAUCCGCUGGUCAUGAAGUAGGCUUUACUCAACCUUUUUCCCAUACCGCAAUGGGAGAGCGUCCCUGUUUCCAGAUCACCCAAACGAAGGACGAAGCAAAGUUGACGAUUGCCGCUUGCCAACAAGAAGAUGUCGCCGAGUACAAGGUCGAAGCCAGUAACCCCGCGGCAAAAGUUGGCCGUAUCGCGAAAACCACUAUAACCAAGGGUGGCAUGGUGGCCUACGAUGACAAGCCUGCUUCGGAUGCUCCACACUUCGUAUCACGAUUCAGUGAUAUAUCCGCUCGUCAAGGUCACACCGUCAAAUUCUCCUGCGACAUUGAUGGUAAUCCUAUGCCUACGGCCGAAUGGCUGUACAAUGGAAAGCCUGUGACGGCCUCGAAAGAUAUCAAGAUCAGUCUCGAGGGGAAACGCGCCGUACUGGAGAUCGCUCGAGUGACGCACAAUCACGCCGGCGAGUACCAGAUCGUGAUCCGAAAUCCCAAAGGAGCCGCCCAACUCAAAGCUCGUCUCACUCUAAAUAGGUGA